UGAUCUUCUGUUAGCGAUAGAGGAUGGUUGUGUGAGUGCGAUGCGCGCGCAAUGCUCUGCUUGCGCUGGGCUGUAAAACUGGUUCGUGGAGCCAUUCUGGGUGACAUCAUGCGCCGGGUGUUUGACGGGGUGGCUGCCGCAGCGCCAGGACUACAUGAGUGGAAAAGUGACCGACAAUGACCUCGACCACGUCGUGUGCUAGUGUUUUACACUCGUCGUUUAGUAUUCGACACAUGUAAACACGCGAUUUUAUCAUCUGUUUUUAGAUUAAAUCCAUGCGUUGGUCAGCCACGAGCCUUUUCUUAUCUCGAGAGCGCGACACAUCCAACGCGUCUGUGUGUUUCGAGGCUCGCCUCCAACCUUACGCUGUAGCCCUUUGCUGUGCAUUGAAAUAUGGACAAGGCCAAAUCAACGAUGGAUCAGAAAGGAUCGGGUCCUUGCUGCACAAACGGCAUGCACAAGUCACUCCGGCGACAGCUGAGCAACGGGAGCUGUAGCCCGUACAGUCCGACUGACGAUAAUUACCACCAUCUUCACCACGACCCUCAAACCAACGGGUCCCCGGCGAAAAGGUGCCGGCUGCGGAGGCGAAUGGAAUCAGCGAGGAAAAACAGACCGCCUUUUCCAUGGUUUGGGAUGGAUAUCGGUGGUACUUUAGUAAAGCUUGUUUACUUCGAGCCAAAAGACAUCACUGCAGAAGAGGAGCUGGAAGAGGUGGAGAAUCUGAAGAGCAUACGCAGGUACCUCACCUCCAACACGGCCUAUGGCAAAGCCGGCGUCCGUGAUGUACACCUGGAGCUACGCAACCUGACAAUCUGCGGUCGUACAGGGAACCUUCACUUCAUCCGCUUCCCCACCACUGCCAUGCACAGUUUCAUCCAGAUGGGCAGAGAUAAGCACUUCUCCAGCCUGCAUACCACACUGUGCGCCACUGGUGGUGGGGCAUACAAGUUUGAGAACGACUUCAGAAUGAUGGCAGACCUAGAGCUGCUGAAGUUGGAUGAGCUGGACUGUCUGAUCCAGGGGCUGCUGUACAUAGACUCGGUCGGUUUUAACGGUCAUCCUGAGUGCUAUUACUUUGAGAACCCCUCCGACACACAGAACUGCAUCAAGAGACCCUGUUGUCUUGACAACCUUUUUCCCAUGUUGCUGGUCAACAUUGGCUCGGGCGUCAGCAUUCUGGCAGUGUACACCAAGGACAACUACAAACGAGUGACAGGCACCAGUCUUGGUGGAGGGACGUUUUUGGGGCUUUGCUGCCUGUUGACGGGUUGUGAGACUUUUGAAGAGGCCCUUGAAAUGGCCAGCAAAGGGGACAGCACCAAUGUGGACAAACUGGUGAAGGACAUCUAUGGAGGAGACUACCAGCGCUUCGGCCUACAAGGGUCUGCGGUGGCUUCAAGCUUUGGUCACAUGAUGAGCAAAGAGAAGAGGGACAGUAUUUCUAAAGAGGAUUUGGCCCGAGCCACACUCAUCACUAUCACCAACAACAUUGGCUCCAUUGCACGCAUGUGUGCAGCUAAUGAGAAGAUCGAACGGGUUGUUUUUGUGGGGAACUUUCUGCGUAUAAACACAGUGUCGACAAAGCUUCUUGCCUAUGCUAUGGACUUCUGGUCCAAGGGCCAGCUGAGGGCCCUUUUCCUGGAACAUGAGGGAUACUUUGGAGCCGUCGGUGCUUUUCUAGAACUGCUGAAGUCGUCUGAUGACGCAUAAAGGAAAUCAUCAUCUCUAAUGAUCCAGAAGCUGCUUUAAGACUUCCACACAGAAGCUCCAACAGGAAAACUGGAAUACUGGGAACACUGGGAAAUUUAAAAGAAGCCAUUAUAGUAACUAACCUGUAAAUAACCCUUGAAAUAAGAUUCUAAACAAUAUUUUUUAUGAGUAACUUAGUCUCCCUCAGACUUCCAACUCUACCGGAACCUUAUUGUUCAUUUGUUUUCCGGUUGUUGUUUUCCUUUUAUACUGUUUUUAAAUAUCAUUGUGUAGUGAACAGGGAGAGUUUAUAUGAUGGCCAAAACCUGCUGUGUUAAAGUUUUGCUAUCCUUGACCUGCCACCAGGUGAGAGUGUCUUUCUGUUUCUAGGCCUGGUUAAAUAAUGGACCUUUUAGAGUUUUUUUGUGUUAAACUGCUGUUCAAACACACUGUUGGAGUUGAUUUUUAAGCCUCAGGUGCUGUGUUAAAUGUGUGCCGACUCACUUUUUCGCCUUGCCUUUUCCCAUUCUUUUUCCUAUCUAAACCAAAGCUACUUCAAUCAUCUUUUUCUGAAUGCACACAGUUAUAUGCAUAUACCUCCUCUUUGGUAGCUUUCCUCUUAUCUGUAAUGGUACUAAGAGUACUUGAAGUAGCCGUGUGAUGACAAAACAAAGUCAGUAUGACAGCAGUUACCCACAACCCCCCAUUCCUCAGUAUUCAAAUGUUUAGACAGUUUUAAGACUCAGCCGUUGUGUUUCCAUUGUAGCGCCAAAGUGAGAUUGGGGAGGAGUCAAACCAGACAGCCUGCCAGUGCAAGCAUUCCUGCUUUGCCAGGCCAUGUACCACAUUACUUCUCCUAAACGUUGCCUAGCAUUAGAGUAUUUCUAAUAUGAAGUUCAGUAUCAUAUGUCAUUAAAAAUAAAAACACCACUCCCUUACUAGUUAACUCUGUUGUUCAGUCCUUGCUGUUUUUCUUGCCUUCUAUGUGAUCGUUCUCUUCUGUUAACCUUUGUGGCUGUUUUUAGGUUGUGCUUUUAUUUUACUUUUAUUAACUUUUUUGUUAUUUUAACAGAGAUUUCCAUGGUAACUUCACAGAAAAAUCUGAAUUUGAUUUUGGGGACCUCACGUCAACUGCAAUAUUAUUUUCUUUUUCCAGAAAAAAAUGUUUUUAUUUUAUUAUU